AUGGAUGAGUUGAUUGGGCAAGCUCCUCCCGAGGAUGGCAACAUCGACGACCGAGUUAACUACGUUGUUAUCUUAUUGGACUUGGUCAAGAAGCUUGUAGGAAACGACCUUUCGGCAAAGUGGAGGCAAAAAUAUGAUCUUGAUGACCUCGAAGAAGAAGUCUGGCGCUUAAAACAACAACUCAGACUCAGCAUCCCGCUCGGGGAUCGAGUAAAUUUGCCAGCUAAGCCCCAGACGGCACUAGAACGGAGUAAUGACGAGCGUAUACGGGAGUUAACAGAAAUAGUCAAGAGGCUCGAGAACCAACGCGAUGAGUUGGGGAUGAGAAACUGGGAGUUAGAGUACAGAACGCGCUUGCUCGACAAACCAGGCUUGGGUGGCGGCAAUGUUCGUGGAAGAUUCUACGAGUAA